UCUUACUUGCCGACGACCAACGACGUCGUUUCCUCCUUCAGCGCCGUUAUCUGAUUACGAAAUCCCAACACUGUAGACAUUUAAUUACUUAAAAUAAUCCCUCACAUGAUUAAUGACCAUAGAAAACGAUAGAAAUUGCAAGAAAAUCAAAAUACUGAAAAAAGAAAGUGUCAGAAACAACACAGAAUAUCCUCGCUCUGAAUCAUCCAUUUCUUUCUCAGUCUCACAUUUUCAUUUUUUUUGGGAACUUCGAAUUCAAGAACAGUGUGUUUUUGCUACACUGUUUGGAUGAGAAACCCUAACUACUUCAACCGUUCAUCACUUUCAAGUUUUUGAUACGUAAUGCCGCCAAAGCGAGGGGUUUCCUUCGCUAAGAGCGGAAGCAAAGGAAUUCGUUUUCCUAUUUUGAGUUUCGUUCUUCUAUGUGUUCUUACGCCGGUUGUUUUCUUCUUCGGUCGAGGUUUUCACGUUACUGAUCAAGAUGAUAUUUCAGCUGUUGCAAAUAGACAGCCAGCUGCCAAAUGGAGAGAAUGGCGUGCGUUGCAAGACCUUAAAUCAACUUUUUCGAAAGAGGUUUUCGAUGUUAUUGUAUCCAGCACAGAUGAUAUGGGGCCUUUGAGUCUUGACAAUUUUAGAAAAAAUAUGUCUGCGUCAUGGAGAGUUGUUGGAUUAGAGACUUCAAAUGCUGCCUAUGAGGUAAAGAAACCAACAACACACGUUACACAAGAAAAACCAAAGGUGAAGGAAGGAAGAUCUUCAGAGGGUCUUACUCACUGGACUGAUAGCCCUACACGACAAGUCCGAAGGAAAUUAAUAGAAAAAAGGCAGGAAAAGCGUGCUGCUGAGUUGGUAAAGAUGGACAAUGAAGUAAUCGUAAAACUUGAAAAUGAAGCUAUUGAACGUUCAAGAUCUGUUGAGUCAGCCGUACUGGGUAAAUACAGCAUUUGGAGGAAAGAAAUUGAGAAUGAAAAUGCUGAUUCUUCUGUUCGGUUUAUGCGGGACCAGAUCAUUAUGGCUAGGGUAUAUGUGAGUAUCGCACAGAUGAACAACAAGCUUGAACUGUUGCAAGAGCUGCAGUCUAGGCUCAAAGAGAGUCAACAUGCUUUAGGUGAUGCAAUUGCUGAUUCAGAUCUUCAUCACAGUACACGUCAAGAAAUAAAGGCUAUGGGCCAAGUUCUGUCAAAGGCACGGGGGCAAUUGUAUGACAGCAAGUUGGUCACUGGAAAAUUGAGAGCAAUGCUACAGACAGCUGAUGAGCAAGUUAGGAACUUGAAGAAACAAAGCACAUUCCUCAGUCAGUUGGCUGCUAAGACCAUACCAAGUGGAAUUCAUUGCUUAUCUAUGCGCCUCACAAUAGAUUACUACCUCCUUCCUCCUGAAAAAAGGAAGUUCCCUAGGAGCGAGAACUUGGAGAAUCCCAGUCUUUAUCAUUAUGCACUAUUUUCAGACAAUGUCUUGGCUGCAUCCGUCGUUGUCAACUCAGCUGUUACAAAUGCAAAGGAUCCUUCAAAGUAUGUUUUCCACCUUGUUACUGAUAAACUCAAUUUUGGAGCCAUGAACAUGUGGUUUCUUUUGAACCCUCCUGGAAAAGCUACAAUCCAUGUUCAAAAUGUAGAUGAUUUUAAGUGGUUGAACUCAUCCUACUGCCCUGUAUUGCGGCAGCUUGAAUCUGCAAAAAUGAAAGAGUAUUAUUUCAAGGCAGGCCAUCCAACCACUCUUUCUUCUGGUGCUUCCAAUAUGAAAUAUAGAAACCCAAAAUAUCUCUCGAUGCUCAACCAUCUUAGAUUCUAUCUUCCAGAAGUUUAUCCUAAAUUAGAUAAAAUCCUUUUUCUUGAUGAUGACAUCGUUGUUCAGAAGGAUUUGACAGGAUUAUGGGAAGUUGAUCUUCAGGGGAAAGUAAAUGGUGCAGUUGAAACAUGUGGUGAAAGCUUUCACCGAUUUGACAAAUAUCUUAACUUUUCAAAUCCACAUAUUGCAAGAAACUUUGAUCCAAAUGCUUGUGGUUGGGCAUAUGGCAUGAACAUAUUUGAUCUGAAGGAGUGGAAAAAGAAGGAUAUCACUGGCAUAUAUCACAAAUGGCAAAAUAUGAAUGAAGACAGGGUGCUUUGGAAGCUGGGGACAUUACCUCCAGGACUAAUGACAUUCUAUGGGCUGACACAUCCACUAAAUAAAUCGUGGCAUGUCCUUGGUUUGGGUUACAGUCCAACUGUAGAUCGAUCAAUGAUAGAGAAUGCAGCAGUUGUACACUACAAUGGUAAUAUGAAGCCGUGGCUAGCAAUUGCCAUGACAAAGUAUCGGUCUUACUGGACUAAAUAUGUUAAAUACAAUCAUUCCUAUCUGCAGAAAUGCAAGUUACAUGAAUAGUCAGAAUAGUUAUCUCUUUCUUCUCCAGCAUCCCCCAUUUUCUUUCAUCUUUCUGGCAUGGCUAUUUCAACUAGUGUCUUGCUUAGAAUGAUGGCAGUGUCUUGAACCUAGAAGGAAAGGAGUCAAUGCAUGCUCGAUGUUUACCUCCAACAUCAUUCUUUUCCACAUUGAUUCUUGCUUUGAAUUCAUUUAAUUUGUUGACACAUUCUCUCCUAUUUGAAACAAGGUUAAGAAGUAGUUACCUUGUUUACCAUAAAACUCCUCAUUGUACAAUAUUCUGAUCUGAUGCUCAGACAGGACUUGAAAUUAAAUAUCAUAUUUCUAUAUUCUUUGAGAAAACAUAACUUUCUUGUUCA